GCUUUGUUUGUUUGUGUGCGUAUAUAUAUGUGUGUGAAUAAAUUGUGUACGAUAAUUUGUAAAUAUAAGUGUUAAAACAUUUAAAAGCCACAACAAAGCAGUUUUCAACUAAUAUAUCAGUACAUUUGUUAAGGACACUACAGAACACGAUAAUAUGCAAGUAUUACUGACCUCCGGAGACAAGCAAUUGAUAUAACAGUUUGCGAAGCAUUGCAAGCUUGUGGCAAAUUUAAGAGCGCCGCUCUCCACAGUUUUAGACGCUGCAGAGAGUGUCGAUAAAAAGUGCUUAUUUACAAUAAAUCGAUAGGUGCGCGUAAGCGCAGCCAACUUAACAGAAAAAUGUAGCUGCGAAGAAGUAGAAAAAUCGUAUAUGAACAAGGAGGAAAAGUUGAAAAUAAACAGAAAUACAUACCGAUUGCACGAAAAGCAAGUUGUUCAAAAGUUCAAAUCACGUAGAGAAGAGUUGUUAAUUAACCGAGAGCCCGUUUGCAUCGACAUCCAGACGCGUACGAAAUUGCAUCAGAAUGCCUGAUUCCGGUGACUGCAGCGAUGCAGAGAUGAAUCAGCCGUCGUGCAGCAGGAAGGCUGCACAGAGUAACGAUCGCGAAAAGAGAAAAAGUCGUGUAAUUAUGCGAAUAGAAUUUAAGGACUCCGAUGACACGGACUCGGAUGAUUCGUGCUCCGAUUCAAGCAAUGACAAUGAUGCCCCCGCUUCUGCUUCUGCCUCUGUGAGUGUGGGUGUGGGUGUUGACCUUGGUACGCGGCUACCAGGCGCUCCAUCUUCCCCACCCCGCCGGAGUACCCGCAGUCAACAUGUGAAUCGCGACGCUAACGCAACUGGAGCUUCACACACAUCUGGUCGCCAGCUCCGAAGACGUGCAGACACAAAACGUCUUCCCUCAGACAGCGAUCCAGACAGCAAUAGUGAGGUUAACGAACGUCUUGCCAGAAAGCGCAAUCGUGGAAAGAAACGAAAGAAAUUGAUCAUUUCCGAUGAUGAUAGUGAGGAUACAAAUAGUAUUGCAAAUAAUAACAUCAGGACGGCUGCUCAGCGGGAACUCGAUGGCAACAGUUCCGACAGCAGCAGCAAUGAGCUGUUGGAGAAGUGCCCAAUCUGCCUGCUGACGUUCCGUCAGCAAGAGAUCGGCAGACCCGUAACAUGCGAACACUUGUUUUGUGCAACCUGCAUCGAAGCAUGGGCAAGCAAUGUGCAGACUUGCCCCAUAGACCGUCUGGCGUUCGAUAGGAUCGUCGUUCUAGAUCAUUGCGUACGCCGUAACAUAGUGCGCGAAGUUCGUGUGGAUCUGAGCAAGUCCAAGAAAGAGCUGGUUCUGGACGAUGAAGAUGAUGUUGCUGGCUCUGUGGUCAAUGAGGACGAUGUGACCAAUUGCGAAAUAUGCAACAGUCCCGACCGUGAAGAUAUAAUGCUUCUUUGCGACAGCUGCAACCAAGGCUAUCACAUGGACUGUUUGGAUCCCCCUCUCUUUGCAAUACCUGUAGGCUCCUGGUACUGUGACAACUGCAUUGAUUCAAAUGACGAGGAUGAAGAUGAGGAGCUGGAGCUUGCUGAGGACCUGCAUACACUGUACGAAGACAUUCGUGGAAUGGGACUGCCAGAAACACGUUUGCGUGUGCGACAAGUCCAGCAGCCUCGUAUUCUGCGCACUCGCCAAAAUGAGCGCAUACGGGCAGCAGUCUUGCGCCAUACGCAGCCAAACUCCUCGAGACAGAGGCAGUCGAGAGGAGCAGCUCAGGUGGAAACCACGACAAUGACGGAGACAACAACUCGACGCAGUCGGAAUGUCACCACAACGAGAACCACACGCACCACAACAACAAGACGCAAUGGAACGUCGCGACGACGGCGCAGCCGACGAACCCAUCGCACCUACGUUGUGGAGUAUGAUCUCAACAACUUCGAUGAGAAGUUCGCAGUGAAGACGAAGAAGAAGGUCAUACGGCGGCGACGCAGGCGGAAAGUAAGCCGCAAAGCAAAUUCCCGAAAUGUGGGCAGAAACGCCGAGGAGUCUUCGCGAAUGUCGGCCAGCAAACGGUUAGCCGAACAACUAGGAGUCAAAAUAGAUGGAGUUCGUGGGUCCCAUAUAAGCGGAGGCAGUGCCUCGAGCUUCACGCUCUUUGGCAAUCGUAACGACUUGGAGUACUUUUCCGAUACGGAUGAAGUGCCCGACGAUUUGGGAGGAGAUAUCAAUACUGAGCAUUCCGCAUCAACUGCGGUUCAGACAUCAGUUCGAAAUUCGAAUAUUGGCGCACCGAGGAAUCGGAAAGCCCUUCUCCUAGGCAAAGCGCGCAUGGCCGCUCCGAGUCGUGGAUCGGCCACCAGCGACAUCUUAUCCAGUAUAAUGGAACUGCAGGAUCGUUGGCACAGCGCAUCUCGAAAUCUGAGCGAAGUCCACAUUAACGCGGAUGGGAGUCUGAAACUGCCGGAGAGAUCGACGAGUAAACCAACUGAUGCACAGCAGCAAAAGGAACAUAUCACUCAAGUCCCACUCUAUCAGCGAGGUGGCGCCGGGCCGAAUUUGGGCCGAGGUGGCGCAGGGAACUACAACAAUCGCUAUAGUGGCGUCAACUCCCGAGGAAGCGGCGGAGGCGGUACUGGAGGCAAUGCAGUCGCUACCAAUCAGUACCAGCAACAACACUCAACGGGUGGCGUGUCGAAUAACGGGGAUAAUCCGGGUGCAGAAUCCAGUUAUGGCAAUCAGAGUUUCAAUAGCAACAACAACCCCAACAACGGCCUCAACAAUUCGACGCCCAACACGAACUUUACGCCGUUCAACAUUCGCUUUAAUGCGACCAAUCAACAACAGCGCAAUCAGAACCUGCAGCAAACCCGCCAACCGUCAUUCUCCAGCGGCAUGCGCAUGCCCUUGACGCCAGCUGGCGCUCCAUCCACGAGCUUUGCCCCCAUGGUGCCCCAGCCACAGCCUCAGCAGCAGCAACAGCAGCAGGGCCAACUCUUCAGUGGCUUGCCCGCGCCCAUUAAUACACCAGUUCUCGGUGCGCGCCUAUCAAUGCCGCCGGUGUUGACUGUGCCUCCGCCGCCAGCACCGCCGCCCAGCUUGUCUUGGAAUAGCUCGUUGUUUAAAAUAAAUCCGGAUUAUGCAAAGGAAAGCAAUGCUAAAAAGGGCGACGAUGAGGACGACGACGACAACUGUCCGAACUUCUCAAUUUACUCACAAGAAUCGCAGGCGGUCGCCACAGAUUUGUUCGCGCAGCCAAAGAAGGCCGCCAGGAACUUGGAUCAGGAUGAUGACAACCUGAAUGAAGAUUUAGUACAAUUAGAUGAUGAUGAAGACAUACCGUUGCCGCCAGAGCCCCAAGCAAGCGACACAGCCGUCAGCGGCAAUGCAGAUCACAAUGACGCGAGUGACCUGUAUGAGCCGGAAAACCCGACAGAAGAACCAGAAGAGGACGAGAAGGAGAACGCAAAAAUGUCAACUAAGAGCGAUGACUGCACCGCUGAUGCAAGCAAUGACAAUGUGGAAGGCAGCAAUAUGGAUUCCGAAUUAAGUGCAGUAGGCACCUCAGCUGACAAGGAACCGGACAAUGAUGAAGAAACAAAGACCCAUAGUACCCCAAGUCCGCUUAUCAAGGAUGGCCGCACGGUAGACCGGGGCAAAGGUGUGCUGGAGCUCUACGAUGACAGCGACUGGGAGGAGCUGGAUAUUGAUAAGCCGAAAGAGUUUGAGAAGGCGCUCAACGAAGAAGGGGUUGAGGCUGAUGCACUCACUGCUAGCAAGAAGAAGAAAAACGAGGACGACGCAUCACCGAAGUCUUCGAGCAGCGAGUCAGACCAAGAUCGAUCCUAUACGCCCUGCUUGGAUGAAAAGCAUAUUGAAGAGGAUGUCGCUGUCACAAACCAAAGCGAAAAGUCGGAAAUACCAGGCGAAGCCAAGAAGAGCAAUACCAAAGCGUCUGAAGCUGUCAAAGUCAGUGAGGAGCGUGUGGCCGGCAUGGGCACAGAACUUAUUUCCGAAGACGAAGAAUUGGCCAAUGAGAACGAGCCAAAACGGCGCAGUCGGAGUCGCAGUCGUCAUCACAAUGAUAGCGAUCACAAGGCUAGCAAAUCCAAGCGCAGCAGUAAGCGCAGCAAGGAAACUUCUGAGACAUUCAAAAAAGUUGGCAAACGCCGGAAGGACCGCAAUUACCGUGGGGACAAACACCAUCAGGAUCGCACCCAUUCCCGUCGCUCCCACUCAAAUACAUCACGCUCUGUCAGUCGCAGCGGCAGCAAUCGCAGUCGCAGUCGCAGUCGCAGCCGUAGUCGUAGCCGCAGUCGCAGCAUUACGAGAUCACCGCGCAGCCGUAGACGCAAUACUCGGUCUAAGUCGUAUUCACGAUCAAGAUCCCACUCGCAUAGUCCCAAUGGUGGACGGCAUCGCUCUGGCUUUAGGAGUCGCGAAAAUCUUCGCGGAUUUGGUCGUGGUCGUGGCGGAGCACGCUUCAGUUUUCGAAAUCAGCAAUUCCAGCAUAGACCCUACCAGCAGUCGCACCAUCAAAGCCAAUACCAACAGCAGUACCACCACCACCAUCAUCAGACGCAGACGCAGAGCCAAUAUCCACUGCAGCCGGUUUCUCAGCGGCCUAAGCGACGCGAGCUGCCGCGCUACGAUGUACGCAACGUUGUCAGCGCCUCCCGCCACCACCAGAAGGAUCGCUAUGGUCGGGACGCCACCCGAUCUGCCAGGAGUCGAUCCAAUAGCUGCAAUCGACGACAGCACUCGCGUAGCUAUUCACGAAGUAGCUCACGAACACGCUCGCGCACAGUAUCACCGAAACGGUUUCGCAGUUUUAGUAUUUCGCCGUCGCCACCCUUGGGCAUGGCGCGGCAUCAGCAUGAGGAGGACAUCCGUCGCAGAUCAGUGUCACCGAGCAGAAGGCGCUUCGAGCGGUCGCCGUCUAAUUCGCAGCCGCUGCAAGCAACGCACCGCAACAGUCCGCUGCAGCGGAGCAACAGCACAAUGUCGCUGCGCUCCCGCUCUAAUACGCCGGCGCGGAUGAACGGCAACCGCAAUGUGCAGGGCGGAGCGAAGAAUUCACCGGGCUAUUCGCCGCGCUAUACGCCACGGCUCAGUCGCAGCCUAUCAAAGAGUCCAAGGAAGAAGAAGAAAAAGAAGAGUGAUAAGAAGAAGAAGGGCAAGAAACGACCCGCCAGCAGCAGUCCAGUGGGUCGACAGCGCCGCAUUUCGCGGCAACGCGAUCCGUUCGACGAUGCCGACGAUUUCCUUGCGCCCCAGUUGGGCAAGAAGUCCAAAAAAUCGUCAACGGGACUGUCGGCAAUGCACUGGUCCCCAUCUCCUACACCCAGCCUGUCUGCCGAGCAUCUGAACUUUAUGCACGAUAGUGGGGCUGGAUUAGGUGGUGAGAAACCUGCUUCGUGGACGCCUCCGCUGGCGUCUCCACAAGCGAGUGGAACGCACUAUGCUGGCAAUCCUCACCUCAGCAUGACGCCAGUAAUGGGAAAGAAAGUAAAGACCAAGCGGGACAAGACCAAGAAGAAGAAGAAACCGUUGGAAAAGCAGCGCAAGGAGAAGAAGCGCAAGCGCCAUACCAUGACACCUGAACCACUGCCCUCCAAGGAGGUGUUCGCCUCGGGCAACAAUAUUCUGGUCAGCGUUAGCUUCAACAAGGAAGCCAGCAGUACUCUGGCAGGCUCAGCACAGCAGCAGACUGUAGUCACAUUGCCGCCCACUAGGGAGGAGUUCCUCGGAAGCCGACGCAUGUCCACAGACAGGAUAACCAACAGCAGUAGUGGCAUAACGAGCAAGAAGGCCAAGCGCAAGCGGAAGAAACUGGAUGCCAAACCUGUGGCUAUCAUCGACCUGGAGCGCUCACCGUUCCAAGUUCACCAGGAGCCUGCCGAUGUCAUUGUGCUCACCGACAGCGAGGAUGCAAAUGAUAGCCAAGCUCUGCGACGCGACCGGCGUCGUAGUAGCGUUGCCUCCGCAACCGAUCACAGCAUGAUGCGAGAGAAUGGGCAGCGUGAAAAGACGCCGUCGGCAUGCUUGGAGACCAUUUUGGAAACCUCAUACGAUAAUCUGCCGCAGACGACUGGCCCGAAGACACCACCUGAGCCGCAUCUAGUGAAGUUCAAUUUACCCGCCAAAAAGCAACACAAAGUGCGUAACAACCCGCUGCAUGACGAUGCCGACGAUAUACACUCCGCGGACGAGCUGGACACAGUCUGCACGAUGCGUGGUCCUAUUGACGACGAGCCGCAACAGCCACACGCCAACGAGGGCAUGAUUUCAGCGCAAAAGAUUGGUCCGAAUACGCCACCUGAGUCGGGGCCGUGCUCUCCCGAUGCCUAUGAUCCGUUCGAGCCGACGAAGUCACCCUCACUAUCACCGCGCUCCCCAACACCCACUCCUGCCCAGAAUCUAGAGCCAAUGACGUUGCAGGCUUCCACUGGCGGCAGCGGAAGCGUUUGCGGCGGAGGGGAGAAAAUUGAAUCGUGCAGUCAGAAGCACAACAGCCACAAUGAGGACAUGGCGGACAUUAACAUAGGCACGCCGACCCUAUCGAAUGCUAGCAAUCCAACCUCGCAAGCAAAUACGAGUGCCAGCAUUAAUCCAGUCGACCUGGUCAUGGCGCUUAUGAAUAAGCCAAGCAACAGCAUGCAACAGGAGAUGGCCAACAAGUCGUGCGACGUUUCGUCGGCAUCCUACCUGAACAGCACCACAAUGAGCACCUCGAUGGCGGUGUCUGGUGCCGACGAGAAGCUUGCCGAUAACACAAUCACAGUCCUGUCGAAUGUCCUGCUCACAAGCAGCACCGUCGUGUCCUCAUCGCAGCACAUACCUGUUAUUUCUAGUCCGCCGUCGUCACUAGGGAGGAAGCUAGGCACCCUGCCCAAAGCGGGCGGCAGCGCGGCUAGCACCAACAGUGGUGCAGCGAACCUGCCAUCGGGCAGUGGCACAAUACGCAACGGCAACACAGGAAGUGGAGGAGGCAUGACCAAUGUGCUGGAUGACUCUUUCAAUAUGGAAAUCGAGAGUCCAUACUCUCCGGGCUCGGCAGACUACGAGGAUCUAUUCGAGCCCCCGCCAGAAGGCGGCAACGCCAUCGGCUCCAAUCGACGCUCGAAGAACGCACCCGCAGGAGGCAAAGCGGAGAUGUUUGACAAUCUCUUUGGAAGCAGCUCCCCCGUGGGCCAGCAUCGAAUGUCGUCGCGGUACAAUAAUGCGAGCGGAAGGAAACAACAACGUGCAAAUAACAAAAAUGAACGCAAAUCAAAAGUCAAAGGAAAUAAAGUGGUUGAGGAGCAUGGAAAAGUGUAUGACGAUGUACCCAGCUCCGCAGUCGACUUACAAGUCAAGGAUAGGUUUAUACGUAAGCUAAACCGCCAGGAACGUGUUGUUGAGGAGGUCAAAUUGGUAUUAAAACCCCACUUCAACAAGAAAGUAAUCACAAAAGAAGAUUACAAGGAUAUCAUGCGACGCGCAGUACCAAAAAUCUGUCACAGUCGCUCUGGUGAAAUCAAUCCCCAUAAAAUCAAAAACUUGAUUGAUGCAUAUGUAAAGAAAUUCCGCGCUAAGCACAAGAAGUUGAGUCUGCUAAAUACCGGGCAAGUAAGCAGCGCUGUCAAGUGUGCUGCCUACUUAAAAAAGCUAUAAGCAAAUGUAGGGAGAGGAACUGCGUUUUCUUCACAAACCAUAAAAUUAUGUUCAGCGGCCGCAUGCAUUCCUACGCCUUCAUUAAUCACAAUCGCCGCCCGUAAGCGCAAAUACAUAAAUUGUCAUUGCUAUUGAACUUUAGUUGUUAAGUAAAUUUUAGGUUAUACCACGAAUGAUUUUAGUGAUUAAGCCAAUGCAGAAGUGAAAAUAUAUAUUAAGCAGUAAACUCGUCUA